UUUUUCAGAACUGAUUGAAGAAUAUUAUUUGAUACUACUAAAAAUAUUUCACAUGAUCGUUGCACAAAGGGAUGUUACUACAAAUCUCGAUCACUGUCUCAUGACCCAGCCACUAGUACGCACCAUCGAAGACUGCUCUAUGUAGCGCCUAUGCCAGUACGAUCAUCGAUGAUUAAUGUGGAAGACUGUUAGUGCGAGCAUAGAAAAUGCAAGAAAGGAUAGAGAAAUAAUGCACCACGGAAUUAUGCACAUUGGAUAAUAAGCAGGUGUGGUCAUGUAACGUAAACUAUGCAGCUUGAUCGUGGCACUGGGGUUGAAGAGACUGCCGUUGCUAGUACAGAAACGACAAACACAACAUGAAGUCUCAAGAUACGAAAGAUGACAUCGAGUAUUAUUUAGGCUUCAUUUUAAAAUCGUUGCAUACAGCAGGUUUGAAGCUCAGUAUAAGCAGGAAAACUGAUGAAUUCAAGUUUUAUCAUAAAUUACCAACCAUUAUAGGAUGCUCAAUAGGAAUAAUCAUAUUUUUCUUACAAAUCUAUUUUAUUCGAGAUGCUUUGCAUAACCACACGAUACUACCAAUACAAAUCAUCAGCCAGGUCAUUACCAAUCUUCAGUCAAUAAGCAAGGGUUUUCUGGUCGUACUGAAAAUAAACAAAAUACAACGAAUACUGGAACAAAUAGGAGUUCUUUGGAAGUCGUAUACGCCAGAUGAAAGUAAUCGCGCAACAUUAUAUAGUAUACUGCAGCGCACUCUAUCCAUUUGUAAGACUUACUGUGCCGUAUUAUUCGUAACUCUACUAAUCUAUUACUUACAACCAAUAGCAAAUUUUUUGGUACAAUACAGAGAACGAAAUGGCUUAAACCACACGUAUGACUAUACGAAGACGCUUUUGAUAAUAAAAGUUCCUUUUCAAGUAACCCUGAAAAGAUACUUUUUUAUAAUUUCUCAUGAAGCUGUUUUAUUGUAUACGAGUGCUUUAUACUGGGGAGUCAGCGAUACAUUUUUUGCCUGUUUUACUACGCAAAUAUGUUAUCAUUUUAAGAUUUUAAAGUAUUACACUAAAGUUUUUUUUGAUGUAAAGAAUAAUAAUUCUCGUUUGAAUUUGGUAACUUUAAUAAAAAGACACCAAGACCUUUUAAGACUGUGCGAGUUAACGGAAGAUGUUUUUAGCCCGAUAAUCUUCUCAACCAUGUUAUCUUCCGCUAUGAAUUUAUGCGUCAACGUGAUUGGAGUUAGAGAGACAAUCUCAAAUGGAUCAUAUCGACAGACAGGAAUGCAUCUAUUUUUAUUCGUGAUUACAUUUAUACAAAUAUUGUUCUAUUGUACUUUUGCAGAGGCAAUGACGGAAGAGGCCUGUACACUGGCUGACUUAGCAUACAACUUAGAAUGGACAUCAAAGGAUUACAAGCUUCGGUGUUAUAUCCAAGUGAUCAUAUUAAGAGCCCAAAAACCAAUUUACUGUACGGCUUAUGGCUUCUUCCCAAUUGGAAUUCAGAAGCUUACCUCAGUUAUAAAUGCGUCAUUUUCAUAUUAUAUGAUGCUACAAACAGUGAGUUAAAAAUUUGAUGCCUAUAUGUAAUCAAUUUAUUCCACGCAGAGCUAAAAAAAUUAGCUAUGCGCAUGUACUCAAUUUGUUUAACAUAAAAAUUGCAGCAAUGUACAUAUGUGUAUACAUCGGUAAAUAAAACAUAACACAUGAAUAUAGAAGCUCUGAUAUUUUUCU